AUGUUGGCUUCGAACACUCUUGUUGCGUUGGCUUUGGCGUUGGCUUCGGCUUCCGCCUCCAUCAAUAUCAAAGUUGAUGCUCACAUUGGAAACUUCCGCGGACGUGGAGGUGGCAAAGACAAGAAGAAGCAUGACCAUGACGAUCGCCCUCCCAAAGAUUGUGACUCCACCUCGAGUUCCUCCGAGAAACCUUUCUCGAGCUCGAGUACAUCGGCUGAGGAGUGCGGUUCUUCCUCGUACGACGGGCAAUGGUCGACUUCUUCAGAAACGGAGACCCCUUCGCUGCUGACUGAGGAGACUUCUUCCGCUUCCUGUGAGAGCGAGUCUGUGGCUGAGGAGACCUCUUCUGCUCCCUGUGAAAGCGAGUCUGUGGCUGCCAGCUCUCAGGUUGGCGGUACUUCUUCCACCCCCUGUGAAAGCGAGUCGGUGGCUGAGGAGACCUCUUCUACUCCCUGUGAAAGCGAGUCUGUGGCUGCCAGCUCUCAGGUUGGCGGUACUUCUUCCGCUCCCUGUGAGAGCGAGUCUGUGGCUGAGGAGACCUCUUCUACUCCCUGUGAAAGCGAGUCUGUGGCUGAGGAGACCUCUUCUACUCCCUGUGAAAGCGAGUCUGUGGCUGCCAGCUCUCAGGUUGGCGGUACUUCUUCCACCCCCUGUGAAAGCGAGUCUGUGGCUGAGGAGACCUCUUCUACUCCCUGUGAGAGGGAGUCUGUGGCUGCCAGCUCUCAGGCUGAGGAAACCUUUGCCACUCCUUGUGAGAUGGAUCUGGUGACUGAAGGAUCAUCUGCCACUCCUUGUGAGAAUGAAUUGGCGACUGCGACAAUUCCUACUCCUUGUGACAAGGAAACAUUGGCUGACGCCUCAAUUUAUGGAAAUUUAUCGACUUCUUUCGUUGAGGAAACUACUCGUCGUGUUGAAGAAACCUCUCUGCUCUGUGUUAAAGAGACCUAUGCUUCUUCUUGCGAAGAGUCGUCUUCGCCCGGUGCCGAAGAAUUGUCCACACCUUGUGAAGAGGAGACAACUGCGCAAAACAUGACGAUCACCUUGUCAACUAUCAAGACUGAAGGAUCGUUGUUGCCAACGCAAUUGUUGCCUAUCGGGUCUGAAGCAACUCAAUCUCUUCUUGAGGUUGCAAAUGACUGCGCGGAAGUGGAAAUCUCGAAAGCCGCCUUGGUCUUGAUCAUGUUAAUGGUAACCUGGUAG